UGGAUUAAGCCACUGCUGCAGCAUCAGAAGGGGUUUAAUCUACAAGAAGCAGCAGCAGAGAGAGACGCUAUUUCCCAGGCUCUAUCUUACCUAGUGUCAGUUCUUUUAUUUGACUGUACAAGAACUGCUGGGCAUCAAGGAUACUACAUACAAGAGGAUAGAAUAUCAAGGAAGGAGGAAAGCGGAGCUUCUUUGACUGGAGCAGAGAGAUAAAUAAAGCAUCAGUGUCUGCUGCAGACACCAGACACAGCCAUUAUGACCCAGGGCAAGCUUUCAGUCGCAAACAAGGCUGCUGAAGCAGGAGAGAAGCAGUAUGGCACUUCAAGUGGAGAAGCAGGAGGGCCACCGGCCCCUCCCACUUAUGAGGAGGCCACUGGCGCAAGUGAGAAAGGCGUCAGUGGCAGCCCCUGUUACAGCGGGGCCUAUCCUGGUGAUGGGGAGAUGCUCACAGAAUUCAGCUGGAGUGAUAAAAACAUCAGACGGAUCUUUAUCCGCAAGGUUUACGCCAUCUUGAUGAUUCAACUUCUUGUCACUCUUUCCAUUGUGGCUCUCUUCACAUUCUGUGAACCAGUGAAGAACUACAUUCAGUCCAACCCUGGAUGGUACUGGGCUUCUUAUGCUGUGUUCUUUGUCACAUAUAUUACACUCGUCUGCUGUCCUGGACCAAGGAGACAGUUUCCAUGGAAUCUGAUCCUGCUCGCCAUCUUUACCCUCUCUCUCUCCUAUAUGACAGGGAUGCUAUCCAGUUAUUACAACACCAAGUCAGUGGUGAUGUGUUUGGGUAUUACUGCUAUGGUCUGUCUUACCGUCACUCUCGUCAGCUUCCAAACUAAGUUUGAUGUGACAUCAUGCCAAGGUGUAUUGUUUACCUUCUGCAUGGUCAUGAUGGUGUCUGGACUGGUCCUGGCCAUCGCCUUGCCCUACGGAUAUGUGCCCUGGGUGCAUGGUGUCUAUGGUGCCUUGGGAGCGUUACUGUUUACCAUGUUUUUGGCGUUUGACACCCAGCUACUGAUGGGGAACAAGCGCUACACAAUAAGUCCAGAGGAAUACGUCUUUGCCACUCUCAACAUCUACCUAGAUAUCAUCUACAUCUUCUCCUUCUUCCUCUCACUGUUUGGAACAGAGAGGACAAACUGAAUCCACCUCCAGGCCAGCAUCACAGCUUUUCCAUCUAAACAGGUCCCGUAUUCAUAGUCUCAGAGUAGUAGUGCUGAUCUAGGAUCAGCUUUGCCAUUUAGAUCAUGGUGAAUAGUAUUAUACAUACAGGGGGGAUAUGAUCCUAGGUCAGCACUACUCGGAGACACUGUGUGAAUAAAGGCUCUGAUCUCACCAUCAUGAUGUACUGUACACAACCUAUAGAUCCUUGAUUCUUGAUCCACCACCUCUUCCCACAGUCUCAGCUUAGUGUGAUCCUCCUUCCCCCUCUAGCAUGAUAUGGACCUAUACUACUGUAUUGUCUGCUUAGCUGUCAAUCUCCAGAAUGUACAGUACUUUUCACCCAUAGGGUCGGCGAUCUAUAGAAUUCCAUUGCUAACGGUAGAUAGGUGUGAAAAACACAUGCUAAAUACUGAGUCUCAGUCUAAAAGCUUUAACUGUAGGUGUUUCUGUCUUAUGCAGAUGUGAUGUCUUGCGUUCUCCUGUCUUUUAACAACAACAGUCAUUUAUGACACUGCUCUACAGGAGAUUAUCACCUCUUAUGAAGAGGAACUCAAAGUAUCUGCCCUAAAUGCAUGAAUAUCUGAAUAUCUUUCAGUGUAGCAACGUAGACAUCAUGUAGUUUUCAUCUUUGUUCUUAGUUCAUCAGUAGUGCACUAGGCUACAUCCAGUUACAUCAGUGUAUAACACAUUGUGAUGACCCUCAGCUUUAGAGUAGAGAGAGAGAGUAAAGUAUUACUUUAUUGAAAUUGUUUUUAUCACUCAGCAUCAUCAAUAAAUUAAAAAGGACAAGACACAUAUCAAUGACAAACAAAACAAAUGAAAACACAUAUUAAGACACAUAUAAAUCAAUGGCACCUGUCGUUUGUUGUUUCUCUAAUGCCUGUCUUCCAGUCUGUCAACUCUUAGCCUACUGGUUGAAAUCUCAAACUAACAUAAGAUCCGGAGCAUGAAGGCAAUUCAAUCCAAUUCUGAUUUAAUUUGAAUGUAGACUAAUUGCUUGGCUUUCCUUGGCUGCUUUUCACUAUAAAAGCAAGUUAAUCAAGUUGCACUAAAACUGGAGAUAUAAUGCAAUCCUGUCAAUAUGAUGAGCCAUAGUCCAAUGAUGUCAGUAGGGGUUUACUCACUAACCUUGUCUUUCUUUGUAACAUUCUGUUCUGUAUUAUUGUGUUGUGUUAACACACCCCUCCGUGUUACAAUUUUCCAGCAAGGUUGGCUGCUAUUUAACUCUUAAGUUUUCAUUUAUUUACAGAUAGCUAAACCAGAGUCAUCCCACUGGGCACAGAUGUCAAUUCAAUUUCUAUUCCACGUUGGUU